CUAGUACGUCGUGCGUGCGGAAUGGCGUUGCUCACUUGAACGCGGUGGUUUUAUCCAAGUCUGUUUUUUAUUUCCUUGCGUGUUUGUUCAAAGUGUGGCGUGCGCUUCACUUCAAAGUUUGCGUGACCUAGCGCACGGCACUCGUUGGCGAAAAUUGUGAGUGGAGGCUUUUUGUUAUCGUGCAAGUUCACGCUGCAGCAUCCGGCGCGCUGUCUCUUGUCGUGGCGACAAAUGCGGAACGCUUGGCGAAGAAACGUCUCACGUUAUGUUCGUUCACUCUCCGUAAAACAGGCACAGGGUGUCCGACGGGCAGCAAAAUCAGUCUACAGCGGUGGAAGGUCCGGUUGGCCAGCCCCAACCCUCAGGACCAGGCGAGCCCGCUGUAUAGGAUUCGGCGGACGGCCAGAGCCCUACGGCGUUCUGGACUGAGGAAGCCGCCCGCCUAGGGUGAAACCAUCACCUGCUUUUUUGAUGGCGCACUCGCUGACGCCGAUCCCGCCGCCGCGGCCCGACUAUCCGUGGCGGCCGCCAGUUUACGACGAGAGCGCCAUCUGCCCCUGGGGAGCGACACCAAACGGCCCUCCUCCCGUCAAGCGACCCUGCUACGCAUCAAUCCGGCGAGGCCCCACCAGGUUGCCGGAAGUAUAUGCCAGCGUUCUACCACCUGCUUUCUGGGAGGAUGGCCAUCAGCGAGCCGUCGCUUCUCAGCACCGAGAUGCGUGGUGCAAGGCAUGCCAGGCACGCCUGUGGAAACUGAAGAAGACGUGCUUGGGCCUGAUGACUCAGAUACGAGAGGAAAUCGUCCAGGGCCGCUUGUCCACGGGGGACGAAACCGUGUCCUCCCUGGUGGCCUCCAGGCUGGCCCGGCUCGAUUACCACUCCCCUCUGGUGGAGGGUUGCUGCGACCUCUGCCACUCGCACGGCAACCAGCUGCGCCGCGAGGCCCUGGACAUGGUCCAGUCUCUCGAGCAGUGGUGCCCCGCCACGGGCAUACCUCUGCACCAGCGGCCCGCGUCUCCACCCCGACCGAUGCGUCGACUGGCCGAGAACUGUCAGCCGGCGGGCCGAAGGGCACCGACACCCUGGAUGUCUGCCCCCACGUCCAAGAAUGGGGACCGUAACGAGCAGGCCUGCGGCUCGGGCUCCGAAAGCAUGGAGCGCCAAACGCAGCCUUGCGCCGAACAGAGCUGCCGCCCGCCGACUAGACCCAGCCUUGUACAGGAGCUGGCCGCCCGCACGGGCUGCGCGGUGUCGGCCAGCGGGUCCGAGUCCGGCGCCUCGCCCUCGUCGAGCACGGGCGACGUGCCGCCGUUCGCGCCGGCGCCGUCGCCCGCGGGUUCGGCGCCCCCGUGCUCGUCGUACCUGCUCCAGCAGCUGGCCUCCAGCUGCUCCUUCCCAAACUCGCUGGACGGCGUCCAGAGCACGUGCCACAGCUCGCCCUGCGGCGGGCCGGCGUCGGCCGCGGCGCAGCUCCGCUCGUCGCCGUCGGCGGCCGCCUCCUUCUUCGCCAGGGCGGCACAGCGGCUGAACCUGUCUUCGAAGCGACGUCGGCGUCAUGGCGGCGGUUCGGCUACGGCCGACGGUUCCCAGUCGGCCGCGGAUGGUCCGGUGUUCGUGACCCGCUACGCGGAGCUCCUGCGCGACUCACCGCCCGCCGUACCCCCCGCACUGCUACGGGGCCUGAGCCGCAAGGACACCGGCCUCGGAAAGGUGAAAGUAAUGCUUCGAGUGUGCCCCGCUGCGUCGACCGUUGGCGAGUGCUCGUCGUCCUCCUCGACGCCGUCGCAUUCUCCGGCACACGAACCUGGAGCCACGGUUGGAGGACCCUCCAGCUUCCUCCAACUGGAUUCGCGCAAGAAACAGGUGACAUUGUACGACCCCGCCGUAAGCGGCAGCUGUGGCGGCGGCGCUGACAGGGCCUCCUCGGGCGACGAGGCGACCACUCCGAGCUCCCCAUCCUCCGCACCCGCCCGACUGACGGGCGUCGCGGCACCAAAGAUGUUCGCCUUCGACGCCGUCUUCUCGCAGGACGCAACGCAGGCGGAGGUCUGCUCCAGCGCCCUGACAGAGCUGGUUCAGGCCGUCGUGAACGGGACGGACGCCUGCCUCUUCGUCUACGGACCGGCUGGACUCGGCAAGACGUGGACGAUGCUGGGCAGCGGCUCGGCGCAGGAGCUGGGCGCCAUCCCGUGCGCGGUGUCCUGGCUCUUCCGGCUCAUCGACGAGCACAAGCAGCGCACGGGCGCCCGCUUCUCGGUGCGCGUCUCGGCCGUACAGGUGGCCGGACGCUCCGAACACCUGCGGGACCUGCUCGCCGAACAGGCCAACGGUACCGAGGGUUCCGGCACGGCGCCGGGCCUGUACCUCCGGGACGACCCUAUCCUGGGCACCAAGCUGAUGAACUACAGCGAGCUGCGCGCCCCCACGGCCGAGAAAGCGGCCUUCCUAUUGGACGCCGCCGUGGCCGCUGCGGCGGCAGCCAAUCAGAGGUACGAGUCCGAGAGCCGGAACCGUCACUUCCUGUUCACGCUACACGUCUACCAGUACCGGGUGGACAAGAGUGGGAGAGGAGGAGUGGCCGGAGGACGCAGCCGGUUGCACCUGUUCGACCUGGGCAGCUGCGAGCGAGGGACAAAGGCUGGCGGGCCCCUCAGCCUGUCCGCUCUGGGAAACGUCAUCUUGGCACUGUUCAACGCCCAGAAGAGGCUGCCCUUCCGGGAGUCCAAGGUGACGCAGCUGCUGAAGGAGGCCCUGGGCAGCGUCACCUGUCGGGCCGCCAUGAUCGCCCACGUGUCUCCGCUGGCGGCGAACUACGCCGAGACGCUGGCCACGAUACAGCUGGCGUCCAGGGUGCACCGCAUGAGACGCAAGAAGCUAAAGUACGGCUCGACCAUGACCAGCGCCGCGGCGGACGGCGUGGACGGCGUGUGCCGGCCCUUCAUGCGGACCCAGGCGCUGAACGAGGAAGGCUCGUCGGGCCCGCGGUCCGGCAGCUCGGACCCGGAGUACACGUCGAGCAGCGAGCAGUCGUGCGACACGGUCAUCUACGUGGGCCGCCACCAGGACUUCACGGACAACGAGGGCCCGCCGCCCGCGCUCGAGGCGGUGCUGUCGGCGCCCACGCCCCAAAACUCGCCCGCCAGGACCGCGGCGACGGCCAAGCCUCCGGAGUCCCCCGCGCGACACGGCGCCUGUGCCUUAGGACCGGCGGUCGCCAGGCCGGAGACGUCGGCGACCUCAAAGUGCGCCGCAGCGAACCGCGAUGCCUGCUCGUCUCCCAGCGCCGCAGAGAGCCACGGCAAGGCGCAUCACACGCUGAAGAAAAGCCACCGCGGCGGCGGAGCCUCCGCCAAGGAUCCGCCUAUGACGUCAGCGUCAACGGCGGGCCCAGACGCAGCGGCGGCGGCGUCGGCCGCCGGUGGCGCUAGGCGCGCCAGCGACGAGCUCUGGAUCGACGGUCCGCGCUUCUCGAAGCCCCGCUUCGACUCGCGCACCCUGGAGCAGCUGCAGAAGGAGCAGUGGGUCGACGGCCCCGCGGUGGCCGCCGCCGUGUACGGCUACAUGGACGACCACAAGAAGAACAUGGUCGAGCGCUGGGUGCAGGAGCACUCGCGCUACUCGCAGAGCCCCAAGGGCGCCAAGAAGCACCGGCCGGCCUCGUCCAGCAGGACCGAAGCCGAGCCAAGUCCGAAGUCGACGCCAGAGCACAGAAAGACGAGGACGCACCACGAGCACCACUCGAAGAGGAGGAGCUCGCCGGAGAGGUGUCACGUGAACGGCGGAGCCUCCAAGGAACACCACGAGCGUAGGACCGCGCACGACGCUUCCUCGUCGGAGCAGCACGCCAAGUCGUCCAAGUGCACUCCAACCAAGAGAGACCAGGGUCAGAACACGACACGAGAGGAGGUCGCCACCUGCCAGGACGUCCACAUGACGCCCGCCGAAGAGGAGCAGCCAGAGUCGCCCGUGCAGAUGCAGGACUGCUGCCUGCAGGUCACCGAAGAAGACAUCCUCGCCGCGACGUCCGGCUGGCCCUCGGCCAAAGACGAGAACCCGCUGCCCGAAGUGGACCAGGGAAGCAGCAAGAACGGAGCUGGCGGCGGAAGUCAGGAGAGCCACCCGCUCCGUGUACUAAGCGACGACGGCCUCAACUUGCCGUCCUCCUUCACGGACUCCAGGUCCGUAAGCGUGGACCUCAACCACGUCGUCGGCGACGACGCCGAGAUCUUGGGACACGUCUACGGGGGCCUGACCUGGAAGCUCCUGCAGGGCACCCUGCUUCAGCGUCGCCGGGAGCGUCACCAGAGGCUCUACGGAGACGACAUGAGUGUCGGCGUUAAGGGAGACGUGCUCACCGAGAAGUUGGAGCGCAUCGCCAGGCUGCGAAAGUUGACGUCGCCAUACUUCGACAACAACAACGAGCGGAUACCGUCCCUGCUCAUAAUGCGCAGCGGAACGUCCAGCCCCACGGGAGGCCGUUACGGCAGCCUUCCGAACAGGAAGCAGCGAAAGGACCUGUGCGACGACCACGACGGCUCCACGGACGACGGCAGCAACAGUGACUGCGCGGACGUCACCAGCACCAAAAGCGAACCGGCCGACUUGGACGCGGACAGGUACGACAUCCAGAGGCUGAACAUCAAGCCAAUGAACGGUCUAAAAUUGGAAGCCUUCUACAACCGCAUCCAGAAGUCAAACUCCUCGCUCGCCGAGAGCCAGGACCUGUCACCGCCCAAGCUGUCGCCCCAGGGUGACACCCUUUUCCAGUCGUACUCGGAAAAGCUCGAUCUCCUAGCAAAGGACUUCGGCGUGUUCCCGGGUGCGCAAGAUCCUCCGGUAAUAGACGUGCAGCCUCACAGACUGUUCCCGCUGCUUAACGCGAACGGCGAGGCUGACGGGCUCCCAGCAAACCAAAAAGUUCCUCCUCAAAGCACAGAUGCUCCUACGGACUCCCCACCAGAGGCUUCGGGGGACUGUGCUUCGCCGGCUGCUUGCUCCUUCGCCAGGCAGCUAAGGCGGCUAAGCAGCGGAGGACCGAACGAAGACGUCGCCGCGAGGUUAGCGCAGAGCGGCGACCACGCCCCGAGCCAACACCACGUGGAGAAGUCCGCCUCUAAGCCUAACAGGGUACUAACUAAUGGCGCUCGCACGAGUUCCUCCACACAGCAGCAGCAGCAGCAGCAACAACAACAACAACAGCCUGUUAAAACGGAACACUCGUCUCCCAAGAGGGCGGUCGCGCCCGGCUCGAAACCACAGCGCAAACUCAGCUCCGGAACCGUUCCGGUUCCAGCGACCGUGGCUGUGACCUCGGCGCACAAGAUUCACAUGUCACCGUCGCGAGCAGCCGCCAGCCCGACGAACAGCGCUUGCGGCACCCUCACGGGCUGCUGCAGCCCGACCAGGAGCCGAGUGGGCGCCAAGAACGGCCGCGCUCCGACCGCCGCACCGGCGGCCGUGAUCACCAAGGCACCGUGCAGCAACGGCAAGCACUGCGACCCGGCGAGGCUCGCCAAGAAACCGCAGCACGGUAGCAAGCAGCCGCCAGGGGGAGCCACCACGUCGACCGCCGCCGCCGACGGGGGCGACCCCGCGUGCGCAGCCAACAACCCGCUCUGCCGCAGCGUGUCGACUCCUACCACGCCCUGCAGCGCGACGGACUCGAAGGCCGCCAUCCAGCGGGCGGAGACGGUCGACUCGGGCGCACUGCCGUCCCCGUACGCAACGGUGACGCAGGCGAGGCCCACGAUACGCAAGUCGAGCAGCGGCCACGGCAGCAGCGACUCGAGCAGCUUCAAGGGCGUCAUGAAGACCGUGCAGGUGGUGCAGUGCUCGGGCACGAGCAGCGGGUACGAGAGCAUCAUCCUGCGCGACAGCACCCCGGCCUCCAGCCAGGACUCCGGCAGCGAGCGAGGCAACAAGGACGCGCGCGGCCGCAAGGGAUCCCGCAAGGCAGCGCAAGUGCAGGCGGAGGAGUCGGCGGCAGGAGCCGAUCGGCGCCGGGCCGAAGCCCACCCGAGAGCCCACCCGUGCGAAGGCGCCAGCACAUGCCUGGACUUGGCAGGCACGUGCAGCGCUGGCACCAGCAGCACGGGCACGAGCUGCGCGGAGGAGCUGCCGGGGGGCAGCCCGAGGACGAAGUGGGCUGUGCUGGCCUUUUGUGCUGCAGGCUUCUGGACUUCUACUAGGCGCCGCAGCGGCAGCAUGGGCAGGGGCAGGGGCAGCAGAGCCCCCUCGUAGUUGGACAAAGUGGCCUGUGUGUGUGCUUGCUGUGUGCGACUGUGCGCGGGAGACUCUUCGACCCGCAAUAACUUCGUGCUGACUGGGGCUUUCUUUCUUCUCCCUUCUCGAAAGGCAGUGUUUUUACCACAGCAUGCAGACGAGUGUCAUGGUGCGCAUGGAAGAGAGCCUGCUUGGCAACUUACGAUGACAAUAAGAGAUAGCAUUAGCAUAGCCGGGACAUGGCAGCACAAUAAAUGUAAAUACAUGCACCGGAGUGUACGCUAGCACGUAGAACGCGAGCAGCCCCGUCGGUGGCGACAUCGUGUGGCAAUGUGAUCAGUCAGAACGCGUAAGCAUAGCCUCCGAUAAGGAGAGCGGCCGCCCGCCAUCAGACCUCGAGGAUAAUGGCGUUACAAACACUACUUGCGUUAGAUCAUCGGGUCGCAAAACAAAAAAUAAGAAAGUCAAAUAUACCUCCUCGAAAAUAACGCUGCUGCUGACGCCUUUACACCACCGUGGACAUAAGUGAACUAAGUACAAUGAAGUCAUUGCAAUAACGGUUUUCCGUGCUUCUUUUUAAACCAUCGUGCCGCAAGAUGUCACCAGAAGCGUUGCUCCUCGCGUCUACAUCUUCGGGUCUGCGUCUACAAUGUGCUGUCAUUGUUAAUUGAGUGAGAAACCGUUCGGAAGAGGCACUGAGCAUUGAAGCUGUAUAUCUUCAGACAUCAAGCUGAGAACUGGUCUUUGCGCUCGGCCAAGACAGCCUUCACGCAACCAGGAUAACCUGUACGUCACGUCACAGAGCACGGUCGUUACUUCUGCUGGGUUUCUUAAAGCAACAAGUAAUUCUACACAAGCUCGAGAUGAAUGCGUUUUGCGGAAAGACAUGAGUGAUUUAACAUAGCGUUACCGUCUAGCGUCGAGUGUAGGACAGAGUAUUAGCGAUGUUUGUCAUUAUUAUUGAAAUAAGCAGUUUAGUUUAGCGUUGUAAGGCCUAAGACAAGAUGCCACUAUGCCUCGGAAGUGUUCUGGUUUCCAGAUACCAGGUAGGCGUCGCGGAAUUUAGCGUUGAUUUGUCUAUGAUUAGUUUCCUCUUGACCAGAGGACCGCCAUAUUUUGGCUUCGUGUUGCUUAGUUUCGGAUAUGUCGUCCCGGUAAACUCGCGGAUAGCUAUAUUUUGGCUCCGUGUUGCUUAGUUUCGGAUAUGUCGUCCCGGUAAACUUGCGGAUAGCUAAUGGCAAUUACCGAGAACCCUGUAAACUCCUCACAUGUGCAGUCCUAUCAGGCGGUGACGGUACGGCGGUACCGCUAUGUUAAAAACACUCGUGUCUCUCGUCAUGCUGGCAAUCCGAAACCACCGCGCUGACGUCCUGUCCAAGGAAGCAACUCCUGGCAGAACAGACUUUCAGCCGGCAGUCAGCGGCAUGUUCUAAUUCAGAAAGAGUCCUUUCGAGCAAAGGUGCCUAAACAAAACUACUAAAUAUUAAAAAGAAAAAUUCGCCAGGCUGAGCACGAUAGGACCUGAAAUGUAUGUCUAUACAGUUCAAGCGAUAGGAUAGCGGCCAGUCGCGAAAGGUAUAUCAAGACGCUAAAACAAGUCAGUUUUAGCCGAGUCAUGGCAGCUAGUUUAUCCAUGGUCACAAUGCCAGGAUAGGUCCCGAAACUGCCGUGAUUCUUUCUUUUCUUUAGUGGUGGCAAGACAGAGCGCUGACACUAUUUAUGAAAUCAACGUAGCAUAUGGAGGCCUUUGAGCCCGAAGUAUAUUUUAAUAGAAAUAACUGGAAAAGCUAGUUUACGUUUACCAUUAGCCAAGAGCCCGCGUAGGGCAGCUCGAUAUGUACGGAAUUUUUUUUUCUUAACUAAAAGACACUUCGAACACGGCGCAGGUGGAUAGAAAAAGUGUGAUAAAUACGAAACAUACCAAAUUUACUCGAACAUAGCGCUGUGCUUAACACAAAUUUACAGUAUUUUCCGCAAAGGGCAGAGGUUAUCUUUAGAUCAAGAUGCUUCUUGAAACACUCCCAUGCUCGUGCAUUUAUUAAUUGGUUGCUACAGUUGUCUAUAUAUGAGCUUAAGUUUCUGGUCUCGUUUUUUCCAGCUGCGUCUGAAGGUUCAUUCUCUGUGUCGUCACAACAAAACAGUAUUGCUCACGCCAUCCCCUAGUAGUGGGUUUUCAUUACAAGCCACAGCUCAUUACAUACAAAAAACAUAAACAUUACAUGAAAGCUAUAGAUCCGCAGAAGUAAAAGACACGAUUCUAUGAAGAAAGCAUUUUCGUCUGUUCGCCAUCCACUUAAACAGGAAGUGCAAGACGCUGCGAGCACUCAAAAUGUGCGCUAACAGUACUUGUUGCUGGGCUGGAUGUUUCAUACUUAUUCCGGUGUGACAGGGCGCGAAACAAUGUGAACUAAGGCCAGACACCCUUUCCUGUCCUGGUCUUACUCCACAUCGCUUCGAGCCCUGCUACAGCACAAAAAGUGGGGUAACGUUCUUCAUUCAUCCGACUUCAAGAAGCGGUCCAGGGCGCAUCGAUGUCCUCCUCGCAAGCUGCUCCGCAGGAGGCCCGGCGCGUAGCGCCACCUACAAUAUCAUCUCUCCUACUGGAAUCAGCAUCAACUCCAGCACCAGCAGACGACAGACCUGGCCCGAACGCCGUCUGCAAGAACCUGGCGCCUGCGGGAACGCAGUAAAGGGUUCACUUCCGCACCCGUACCAUGAUCUCCAGAACGAGCCAAGCCAAGACAAGCAAGCAACGUGCCACUUUUUUCACAGCCGACGUCGGAUAAAACGAACUCCGUCAAUGACGACCCGCGCGGACUGAUAUUGCUCGGAAGUGUGCACGCUUGUGUUCUGUAUACAGUUCGUCUGCCUACUAGUUUUGUACACCACGUGUGUUGUUCCAUAGCGUUUCAGAACCAGUAAAGGUAAAACACGUCUCUUUGUACACACGCUUCUCCGAGUCCUCCCAGUGAAAAGAAGAAACUUUAUUGGACACGCGUCGAUCGAGUGCAUAAGCGUGGACUGUGCGCCAUCUCGCGCGAGGAGGAUCUUAAUAAUAUCAAAAACACAAACACAAGCGGGUGCGUGAUGACUGUGUGCCCCGCUAUGUUGUUCAUUUGUACGUGUUAUAUUAAAAAGUGUUAUUUUUA